GAGGAGUAUAAGCCAGGGAAGGCACUGGCAGAAGAGGAGCUGAAGAAUGCUAUUAGCAUCCACCAUUCGCUUGCCACGCGGGCGUCUGACUACAGCAAGCGACCCAACGUCUUCUACCUCAGGACAGCUGACUGGAGGGUCUUCCUCUUCCAAGCACAGAACCCUGAACAGAUGCACUCGUGGAUCACGCGCAUCAAUGUGGUGGCAGCCAUGUUCUCCGCUCCGCCCUUCCCUGCGGCCAUCGGCUCCCAGAAGAAGUUCAGCCGCCCACUGCUGCCCAGCUCCUGCACCAGGCUGUCCCAGGAGGAGCAGGUGAAAAGCCACGAAACCAAGUUCAAGACGAUGUCAGCGGAGCUGCUGGAGCAUCGCUCCUCACUGCCCGAGAAGAAGGUGAAGGGCAAGGAGUACGAGGAGCUGAAGCAGAAGGAAGAGUACCUGGAGUUUGAGAAAUCCCGCUACGGCACCUAUGCCAUGCUGCUGCGGGCCAAGCUGAAGGCCGGCUCCGAGGACCUGGCAGCGUUCGAGUCCACCCUCUUUGAUGCAGCGGGCGGGGAUGAUGAUGGCCUGAAAAAAUCCCGCUCCAGCCCCUCGCUUAACGCGGAGCCCUCCAGCACA